AUGGGUUCUGUCUCAGACGAUUUUGAUGUUAUGAGAAUCUUGAAGUCAGUUCUCGAGUCAAUAAAUCACUCAUCUAGCAAUCUAAAUAGUUUAAACGAAGUACAAGACAAGUUGAAAGUGGAAAUACGUGGAAGAAAAUUCCUGCUGGUCUUGGAUGAUGUUUGGAACGAGAAUUAUAGCUUGUGGGAAACUUUCAAGUCUCCAUUCAAGGAUAGUGCACAAGGAAGUAAAAUAAUUGUGACUACACAUAUUGAAAAUGUUGCAUUAACGAUGAGAUCCUUUGAAACUCAUAAAUUAAAGGGUCUGUCAGAUGAAGAAUGUUGGAAUUUGUUCUUGGAGCAUGCACCUUCGACUGCUAUGGAUAUUGAUGCUCUUGGAAAAUUUCGUGAAAUCAUUGUUAAAAAGAGUGGAGGAUUGCCCCUAGCAGCAAAGACUCUAGGUGGUCUUCUAUGUUAG